AUGCAGGCAAUGGUGAUUUCUUUUGAAUUGGUAAUUGGAAAUGGGGCAGCAAUGCCAUACACAGAGCUAGCCCAGAAGGCAAUGUCUCAGCAUUUCCGGGGCACAAAGGAUGCAAUAAUUGCACAGGUUAAGCAGACUUGUGAGAUUCUUGGGGAAAAUGAUGUUACAAUUAGUACUGGGUUGACAAAAGGAGAGACACCAAAGCUUAAGCUGCUUGAACAAAAGUUUAGACAGCAAAAAUCCCUUCAUCACAUGGGAAUGCUAGAUCCUGAAGCCUGGAGGCCCCAGAGAGGAUUGGCUGAACCAGUGAUUGUAGGACAAGUCGAAGGUGAAUAUGGACGGCAAACCUUGGAGGAAUGUGGUGGAUGUGCAGAAGGUGUCACGGAGAGUAAAUUAUGUGUGUUGUUAUUGGUUGUUCAUUAA